AUGCCUCGAAACCAACCCCGCCUGCAACUAGCCCUCUACGCCCGUUCCAAGUACCCUGACGCUCCUCACUUCGCCAUCUUCAUUGCGCCAAAGAAAGGCGGCAAGGCCACCAAACACCACGCAAAGAACACGAUCUUGAGCAUUCCAGGCCAGAUCUCCCAACCAUGGCGAUACGAACGAGUCGACAUCCCGGAUGUGACACUGGAGCAGCACCUCUUGGUCCGCGUCAUCAUCGGCAAGGUGACAACGUCUCUCGACCAGGUUGACGAGAUCUUGAAGGGCAUUCCGGUCUACCAGGUCGAUGAUCCUGACAGGGCGAAGGCGGAGUCGUUCAAUUGUCGGGCUUGGGCUGGGGUUGCUCUGGAGGAGUUGAAGAAGCAGGGGGCGGUGACUAUGCUGGAAGGGGACUGGGCCGAGAUUGAGCGUCGGGCGAAGGAGUACCUUGGCAAGAAACGAGAGCAAGGUCGUUGGAGUAAGGAUUGGAAGGGCCAGCCAGGUGUGCCGUUGAUGGAUUUGAUCGAGGGGCGGGAGUUGGUUGCAUGA